AUGGUCCGCUCGAUUACAAGCUUCGGCGCUGGCGCCAUACUCGUUGCAACCUCCGUGUUGCCAACCUUGGUUCAAGCUGAUAUCCACAAACCUGUGCACCGUAUUACGCGCCACGCCCAUAUUCGUCGUGCAACAGCAGUCCCAGCUGGUUGGGAAGCGCAAGGUUGCAUCACCGAUGCCGAGGCUCCCAAUCGCGUUCUCUCAGAUCACCACACAGAUACCGGUAUGAACACCGCGUCGUGUAUUAAGUCGUGUGCUGCGAAUGGCUACAAGCUGGCAGGAACCCAGUUCGGCAAAGAGUGUUGGUGCGGGAACUCACUCGCUGCUGCGGGAGGUGCUGGACAAUCUUCUAACGGAUGUGACAUGUCCUGUGCCGCAAUUGCUGGAAAGAAUGCCACCACGACCACAUCCGCGUCUUACAGCGCACCCACCUCAGGCAGCAAAAAGUACGCCAUCCAGGAUCGAUUUGCCGGCAAGGACUUCUUCGCAGACAAGAACUGGUGGUUCUUUAACUUCCCCGACCCUACCAAUGGCCAAGUUAAUUACCUCAACAAAGCAGACGCCACAGCCGCAGGUUUGGCAUACGUCCAGGAAGACGGGGCAGCUGUCAUCAAGGUUGACAAUACCACUAAGCUCGAAAAGGGCCAAGCACGCAAGUCAUUUCUUGCAUAUGCCUUUCGGGUGCUCAGUUGGCCAGCCUACUGGACGGUUGGGGAUAACUGGCCUAACAACGGAGAGAUCGACAUCCUCGAAAACGUUAACCUGGCGACUGCUAACCAGUACACACUCCACACCGGCCCUAACUCGACAUGCACGCUUGACUCUAACCCCAUCGCUAAAUAUAAGUCUACGUCGAAUAUGAUGGGUAAGACCUGCGCAAGCAAGGAGGGCGACAACGCGGGAUGCGGUUUCUCGGACCCAGAGGAGGCCAGCUAUGGUAAAGCCUUUAACAAUGCGGGUGGAGCAGUCAUUGCGAUGGAGUGGACAAAAACUGGCAUCCGCAUUCGCGACUCUAUCCCAGCUGAUCUUCAGGGCGACGCAACUAACCCCAAUCCGGAUUCUUGGGGUGCUCCAGUCGCCUCUUGGACGGAUGCUACUUGCAACAUUGCCAAUGAAGUCAAGAAACACAACAUCGUUAUCAACACCACCCUCUGUGGGGGUUGGGCUGGUGAUGCUUACGGCUCUUCCGGAUGCCCGGGCACUUGCACCGAUCAGAUCAUGGAGCCAUCCAACUAUAACGAGGCCUAUUGGGAGAUCAAGUCGGUCACCGUGUACCAGUAG